AUGUCAGUUCACAAUUCAAAAGAAGAAAGUCGACAUGCAGAAGAGCCGGCAGCGGUGGAAUUUGAAGAAAAGAAGAGCCUCAAGGUACGUAAUAAUUUAGUGACUAAGCUAUUGAAGGAAGUAAACGAAUCUCAAAAAUAUUUUGAUACCAUUCCGACUUCAGCUGAAGAAUAUGUAGAAUAUAAAAAAAAAUUAGAAAAAUGCACAAAAAGACUGGAAGAGUUGGACAACCAUUUGAGUUAUUUAAGAGACCUAUACGACUUGGCAGAUGAAUUCCAAGUGCCAAUACCAGACGAGGUCAUGGAAAAUUAUUACAGUUUUACGGAUGCAUUAAGCGUACUACAGGCUACUAUUGAACGUAUUAACAGUGAACAAGCGUAUCUUACAGAUGAGUUUUGUAAAAAAAUAGAUAUUAAUAUAUUAAAUCUAUUUCACGAAGUUGAUAAAAUUAAUAGCGAAGUCUACGAACCAUGGCUAACAGACGUUCAGUCGGAUAGUAAUGAUGUUAAAGCGUUUUUAAGUGAUCUGAAUGAUCGCUUAACUGCAUGUCAAGCGAAAGCAAAUAAAUACAAGGCCUACCAACGUUUUUUUCGGGUGGAAGUAACAAAAUUUGAUAUUCUAGACGAGGCAAGCGAAGCUGUACGACUUAGAACAUUAUUAUGGGACUGUAUAGAUGACUGGGAUAGAACUAUGCUUAUUUGGGAAGAAGACAACUUUCAUAACUUAGACGUAGAACAAAUGAACACCUUUCUAGCUGUUAAUUUGAAAUAUGUAAUGCAAUUUAAAAAAGGCCUGCCCGAUUGCGAACUCAUUAACAUAAUAAAGGAAAAAGUGCAAGCUUUCAAAGACAUAAUGCCAACAAUUGUUACUUUAAGAAAUCCAGAUCUGAGAAAUCAACAUUGGUACAAAAUUGAACAAAUACUCGGAGUAAAACUGCCUCAAAAUCAACCACUAACAUUAGUAAUGCUUAAAGAAUUUGAAGCAUUUAAAUUUGGUUCUUUACUCGCGGAAGUGUCUGGACAAGCCAGCUCUGAAGCUACAUUAGAAGCGUUAUUAAAAAAAGUGGAAGAUUCUUGGAAAGGAUUAGAUUUAAUUGUGCUUCCGUACAAAGAUUAUAAUGAUAUGUACAUACUUGGCUCGUUAGAAGACAUUCAGUUAGUAAUGGAAGAAGUCAAUAUAAAUCUUAAUACAAUUAUAACAUCCAAACACGUGGGAAUGAUAAAGUCAAGAGUUAUAGAAUGGAUUAAAUCUAUGGAGAUGAUGGCUAAUGUUCUAGCUGAAUGGACCUCAUGUCAAACAAACUGGAUUUACUUAGAGUCCAUAUUUGCUGCGCCAGAUAUUCAAAGGCAGCUCCCCAAUGAAACUAAAAUGUUUAACCAAGUAAAUCGUUCGUGGAGGAAUAUCAUGAAAAAUGCAUCGAAAAAUCCAACGGCCCUAACCACGUGCACUGACCAGAAACUUUUAAAUGCUUUUAAGAAAAACAAUCAACUUCUAGAACAAAUAUUAUUAUGCUUGGAAGCUUAUCUUGAGUCAAAAAGAGUAGUGUUCCCUAGGUUCUAUUUUCUGUCCAAUGAUGAAUUAAUAGAAAUUAUCGCUCAAGCUCGAAAUCCGAGGGCUGUCCAACCACACAUGAGCAAAUGUUUUGAUGCUAUAUGGAGAAUUCAAUUUGAAAAUGAUAACGAAUUAGGAGAACCCAUUUUAAAAAAUAACGAUGAUGUGAAUAAUCCCCCAACUGACAUUGUAGCAAUGAUAUCCCCUGAAAAAGAACUCGUUAAGUUUUCGAUGGAAGUAAAAGCACGUGGAAAUGUUGAAUUUUGGCUGUAUAGACUGGAAGAAGCAAUGGUUGAUACAUUAAGAUCACUUAUGAUGGUAGCAAUAACAGAUUUUGACAAAACUCCGAGAAAAAAAUGGGUUUUACUCCAUGCCGGUCAAGUAAUUUACUAA